GGUAAAUAUGACCCUUGCGCCCCCUACUGGUAGAAGCACCUAUUGAUGACGUGGUUCGGUCGCUUGACCACCGAAGCAGCAGGAUGGCCGACCAGAGUAGGCAAACUAAACUCGCUGCAGCUAAGAAAAAGCUGAAGGAGUUUCAACAGAAGAGCUCCCCUGCUUCGGUGGGAGGAGAAAAGGGAGGAGGAGGAAGUGGAGCAGGAACCAAGAAGAAACGCAAGGUGAAGGAAUUGAACCAACUUGAUGCACCUUCAGCAGACAGAGAUUCUCCAGACAAUUUUGACAGUAUUCUGAAAGCCCUUAGUCAAAGCAAUGGCAUAGUCAUCCCACCUAAUGGCAACUAUCAGAUGUUUGCUGACAUGGAGGCCGCGGGGUCUCCUGUUCCUCAGCUGCUGGAGGAGCCGCACAGCGAGUCUGGCCGUGGCUCACCUGUGUCUAACUCUGCUAGCGCUAAUGCUACUAACUCUGAGUUCGUCAGUCACAACACUGAGCUGCAGGAUUUCUCUGAUACCAAUGGUAAUCGUAAUUUAAAGGAGGAAAAUAGACCAUUGUCUUCCACAGAGAGCCUGCGGCAGAUCUCGCAGCAGCUAAAUGGCCUGGUCUCUGAGUCAACAUCUGCCCCCUAUAUAAACGGGGAGACCGUACCUUCGGUAGAACUGGAGAGUCGGAACCAGGAGCUGGCAGCCGCCCUGGAAUCUAGCAAGCUAACAAACUCUCAGCUCAAUACCAAGCUAGAGCAGCUGGUACAUCAAACUCAGGAGCUCACAGAUCAGCUGCAAAAGGAACGAAAGGAAUUCGAACAGAAGUUUUCAAAGGAGCAAGGAGCAAUGCGGGAGCAGUUACAGGUUCAUAUCCAAACUAUUGGGAUACUAGUGUCAGAGAAAUCAGAAUUACAAACAGCCCUACAGUACACACAACAGGCCGCACGGCAAAAAACAGCUGAAGCAGAGGAGCUCAAUAACCGUCUGCAGACAACCAGGCAGAGAGUUUCAGAGCUGGAGCGAACUCUCUCUAGUGUCUCCACACAACAGAAGCAGUUUGAGAGGCAAAACAAAGAGCUUGAAAAAGAAAGAGACAACUUGAGGCUAGAGGUGCUGAGACUCAAUAAUUUAAGUGAGGAGUCAAAGCAGCAGAGUUCAGAGCUGUCCGAACAGAUAAGGCGGAUUACGCACGAUAAUGCUGCGAUGAGGCUGGAGGUAGAUGAUCUUCACAAGAGGCUGGAGAUGGCUGACCUCAUGUUGCAACAGUACUCUAGCCAGUCAGAUUCCCCGACUUUCAACCAAAAAUUCGAGUCACUGCUGGAGGAAAAGCAGCAACUGGAGUCACGCAAUCACCAGCUUCAGGAGUCUAUAGGUCAGCUCAAGACAGAAAGAGAUUGUUAUGUGGAACGAAUCCAGGAAGAGGGCCGUGUGUGGAAGGACAAGACUGAGCAGCUGCUCGCACAGGUCUCAUUAGUGGCAGAAGAGAGAGACAGAAACAUCAACAGGGUCCAAGAGCUGGAGGCCAGCAUUGAAGAGCUAAAAAAUACUGCAGCAUUAUUGUCGGUGGAGAAGGAAGCCCAAGAGAACACAGAGCCUCAGCCGUCAGGACCAUCAGAGGGAGAGGUAGCUCUGCAGGAGGCACUGAGUAGUUUACAACAGCAGAAAGAUGCAAUUAUUGAACAGUACCAGGCACAGCUUCGAGAUAAUGAGCAGCUAAGUCGCCUUUGUUCAGAGCAAGAAGCACGACUGGGAGAGUUGGAGCGGCAGAUGCAAAGCCAAGUUCAGGAGGAGGAGGACCGCCGUCGCAUGUUGGAGGACGUUCAGUCAGACAAGGCCACGAUUAGCCGGGCCCUCACCCAGAACCGGACACUGAAAGACCAGCUGGCUGAGCUACAAAAUGGCUUUGUUAAACUAACUAAUGAGAACAUGGAGCUGACCACUGCAAUCCAGUCGGAGCAACAUGUUAAAAAGGAGCUGGCACGCAGGAUGGGGGAACUACAGGAGGAACUGCACAAUAUCAAGGAGCAGCUGGAGCUGAAAUGCCAGGAGACUCAGGGCGCGAUAGAGCAGAGGGACCAGGUGGUGGCCCAUCUGCAGCAGUACUAUGCUGCCUACCAAGCCCUCGCUGCAGAGAGGGAACAGCUCCACCAACAGUAUCUGCAGCAGACCCAGCUCAUGGACCGGCUGCAGCAUGAUGAAAGUCAUGGCCGUGCACAGCUGGACGUCAGCCAGAAUCAGCUCAAACAAGCAGAGGAACAUUUGGCUCAGCUGGUUAGAGACAAUGAGCAGCUGAAGACCGAGAUAAAAGAGUUGAUUAAUAGUUCAGCACUUCUCACAACAUCUAGAGACCAGGGAGAUGGUGUGGAAAGCCAGUCAGUGAAGGACAGUCCCAUAAAGUCCUCUUCCAUAGUUAUCCCAGAGGACUUUGAGAGCCAGAAAGAGAUGGAGGAUUUUAUCCGUGGGGCUUUGUCUCAGUUAGAAGCAGAGCGGGAUGAAGCUAGAAGGCAGCUGGAGGAGGAGCACAGGCUGCACAUGGCAGCCCGGCAGCAGGCAUCAGUGGCUUUUAGGCUUGAGCAGCAACAACACAACUACAGAGCUGCUCAUGAGGAUGACCAUCAGCAUAAUGAGAGGCAGGACCAACACAGUCAUGAGCAUUCAGAUUGUUCAACAGAAGGAGGCGUGCCGGUUGAGGUUCAUCAGGCGCUGCAAGCGGCCAUGGAGAAGCUGCAGCAGCGGUUCACGUCCCUCAUGCAGGAGAAAGCUGACCUGAAGGAGCGGGUGGAGGAGCUGGAGCACCGCUGCAUCCAACUCUCUGGGGAGACCGACACUAUUGGCGAAUACAUUGCCUUGUACCAAAGUCAGCGUGCCAUAAUGAAGCAGAAGCACCAGGAGAAGGAGCAGUAUAUCAACAUGCUGGCCCAGGACAAGGAGGAGAUGAAGGCCAAACUGGCAGAGCUUCAGGAUCUGGUCAUGAGGCUUGUGGCCGAGAGGAACGACUGGUACAGUCGUUACACCGGAGCUGUAGCCAGCAUGGGAACGGCGAACCCUGACCUGCUUCCUGUUGGAGGGGAGCAUUCAUCCUUGCAGCUGCAAGCUAAUAACCAUGAGCUAAAUGCUGUUGAUGGAGAAGCAGAAGCCAUAGAAAUCAGCCCACAAUCAGAGUCUCUACACCGCCUGGAAGCUUCUCCAUCCCAAACAUUACCAUCUACUUCUGCUCAGACUGACACCAAACCCCUGGUGCCCAGAGAGGACGGCACAGCCCAACAAAUAAUGCAGCUUCUCCAGGAGAUCCAGAACCCCCAAGGAGCUCCACGAGCCCCGCCCUUCCUAGGAGAAAACCCCUGCAUCCCUUUCUUUUAUCGGCCCGACGAACAGGAUGAAGUGAAGAUCCUGGUGGUGUGAGGCUUUAGUCUUUGUAGCUUGAUGAACAUAUUUACACAUCUUAAGAAGUUUGACACUUUAAAAUCUGGUCGUUGAUAGAAGGCUGACCCAGUUCCACUGAAAUAGCUCCUCUUUGUUUGUUUUUUCUCAUUUUGUUGUGUCCCACACACACACACUCAUCUCAUUCGUGCAAUAUCAGGGCCAGACAUUCUGCCUUUUUUUCUGGUACAGCACUUAACUAUCUACUAAAGAUGAGCUGCUGUUGUGCCCAUAUUUAGGAUUCACUGUACACAUGCCAAAAAGAGCAUCGGCUUUGAAUGUAAUAACCCUGAGUAUUUAAAUCCUUGGAGAAAGGUGCAGAGAAAAGGACAGCAGGUUGGCUGGAUUCAUAGAAACUGCAGGGAGAGGUUAAGUAGAUCGUUGCACAGGAAACUUUAUGUCCCGUUCAGCUGUGAAGUGAUGAGCUUGCUAGGUUACACAGUGAAGUUCAGGAAGGUGAAAAGGGCGUUCCUGAUUGGUACCAUUUCUAAAACUACAUCAUUUGUUUCCUACUUUAAACACUGAAAAUGACUCUUGUUUGUACAUUGCAUUAUUAUAUUAAUACUUGUGAUUUUUUUUUUUUGUGUUGUUUUAAACAUGUGAUUAGACUGAGAGAAGUCAACGGCAUUACAAACUGCUGAAUGAUUCUAUAAAAUAUGGGCAUAGAUGCAAUUGAAAGACCCCAUGAAGUUUAAAAAUAUAAGAGUUGAUUUAAAAGUGUUGAACACACAAGUGUUCAAAGCUGUCACUUCAAGCUUGGCUUGCUGUGCAGCACCUUUAUUCCCAAAAUGUUUCUUUGAAUUGGUUUUACUUUGAUAGACACUGAUAUAUCACAGCAUGUGUAUUUAGCCUAUUGGUUUGUUCCACCACAGGCAUCUUUCACAUUCCUGCCACUCCCUUCUCUUCCUCAACUUCUCGUCGAGAACUAAAACAUUUUCAUGGGGUCUAAAUGUUUGGGACACUAUUCUUCAGAGCCUGUUAUUUUCUGUUACGUUUAUGUGUUGAUUAACAUAUCAGAUGACUCGAUAAACACCUUUAACAACUGGAAUGGGUGAGUUUUUGCUUGGAAUGCGGAUUUCAUUUUCCUAGCCAAAAGUGCAUCUCUUCUUUUUUUUUUUUUUUGUAAAGUUUUGUCAGAUUAUACAAAUAUGAUUGCACUAAAACUGUACAAAACUUCCCAUUGCCCCCUGUGGGGUUAUAGUGGGACAUAGUUUCAGUGUGGUGGGGGUCCUAUGAAGCUUCACACUCAUGCUGAGGAUUCCCCUGAUUAUAGUUGUCAGUGUCUUCUCUGGUGGACUUGGAUUAUUGACAUGGGUUUAGAUAAAACAGCUUAAAGGAACCUUUACCUUAAAAAAAGUUAUUUUACUCAAUUUCUGGACCAGUUGGGUAAAGAGGAAAUAUGCAAUCCUUGUGAAAGUAGGGUUCACAUUUUCACAGUCUGGCUAAUAGCUUGUGAUUUUCUUUAUUUCUUUUAGGGUAUUUUUGUUUUAAAUUGGAAUCAAAUGUAAUGUAUAAAGAAUCAGACCAUAAAGUAGUUGCGCAGAAUUUGUCACUUUUUGCACACUGAACAAAAAAAAAAAAAA